AUGGCUUCUACGAGAACACUCUUCCAGCUCCCCUCCAAACCAUCAUGGUUCGAAAACAUCACCAUGAAGCCUAACGGCACCGUCUUGGCAACUCGUUUGGAUCACCCUGAACUCUGGAACGUUGAUCCAACCACGUCUUCAGGAUCUCAGAUCUUACAGAUCACCCUCCCUGAUGAUGUUCCUAACCAGGCACUUACUGGCAUCUGCCCUCUAAAACCAGAUGUCUUCGCCAUAGGUGUAGGGUCCUAUGACUUACUCGGGGGCACGCAGUCAAAGCCUGGAUCGUGGAGUAUUUGGCUCGCUGACCUCACGGGGGAGCAGCCCAAAGUGACAAAGGCAGCCGAUAUACCUGAGAUUGGCAUGAUCAAUGGCAUCGCUACGUGGGACGAGAAUACCAUCCUUGUUACGGAUUGUCUCUAUGGGAAGAUUUAUAAGCUUGAUGUUGCCACUGGAUCAUACAGUCUUGCACUCGAAGACGAGACCAUGACGGUCCCAGCAGAUGCUCCUUUCCAGUUUGGUAUCAACGGCAUCAAGGUCCAUCACUCACCAGAGCAGACUUACGUCUACUACUCAACCACAAUGCGCUAUUCUGUCUACCGUAUGCCCGUCACAGAAGAACUACAGGCUGCUGGCCCCGUUGAGACACUGACAUCAGGAGUUGUGGUGGAUGAUUAUGUUGUAGCCCGCGACGGUACCAUCUUCGCAUGCACCAUGGUCUCCAACACUAUAGCACGAAUCCCCGCGGCUGGUGGAGAAUCUGUGACGGUGGCAGGUGAGGAAAAGAGUAUGGUGGUUGCUGGCGCAACAGCUUGUGUGUUUAAUGAGGAUGAGACUGUCCUUUACGUUUCUACAUCCGGGGCGCAUGUCAUGCCGGUAGAUGGAGUGUCUGAACCAGCAAAGGUUGUUGAAGUUAAGUUGAACUAG